CUUUCAAUCCCCUAAUCGUCUUCCUCAAAGUCACACAGAACCUCAAACAAAAUGGGUCGCCGUCAACGUCUUAUCAGCACCUCCAUUCUCCGUGCAAUUUUCAAGUCUAACUCGCAGGAUUCCAACAAGAAACGCGGCCUGCUCGAACGUAUCCUUGCCUUCUUCUCCGUAUUCCAACUCACACUUUCACGAUACAGGGCAGAGUUGUUCCAGAAGCUUCGAAAUGAAAUAUGGCGGAUCGACGAGGAGGAGUACACAGAGUCGUUCCGCUCACCUGGAAAGAGCAGAAGGCCCGACCUCGUCGCGGUAGGAGACUUAGGAUACUCUGGCUCUACUUUCUUUACCACCCCAAAUUCAAAGUUCCUUAUGAAAUCGCUACCUCGUCAAUUCGAACAAUCCUUUUUCCGGAAGCGCCUCCUCAACCCGUAUGUUGAGCACAUGGAGCUCAAUCCUACCUCUCUCUUGGUUCGCAUAACAGACCUCCUGUAUGCGCCGUCUCUUACUCUCGGAGCUGCUAUUGGAACUGCACCCUCCCACCACAUCGUUAUGGAGAACAUCUUGUACGGAAAGUCCACAUGUACCAUAAACAAACAGAAGGAGUGGGAGACCUACGAUCUGAAGCCCAUUGAUUACUUCUAUCCGGAGCGCGAUAUUGCCGGCGGAAGGCUUGCUCCGGAGAGUAUCAAGGAGCGUUUGGUUGAUAAAUUCCUCGACAAAGUGCGUGUAGCAAUCGACGAGAAAGAGGAGCUCAUUGCACAACUGUCAAGAGAUACAAAGAUUUUGCAAGACGCCAACGCACUUGACUACAGUCUCUUCGUCGUUCGAUACCCGGCUUCAAUGUCGUCAGCUAAAGGCGAAAAAGUCACCAUUCCUCCUGGCAGAUCAUCCUCUUGGCGAACCGGUGUUCUUUCUCGGGACAAGAAGUGGAUAUAUCGCGCUAUCCUGCUGGAUUUCUUCUGGGCGAAAGAUGCGUUGCAGGCAAAAGCGCUGACAGGAUUAGUCAAUUCAUGGAAUUUCGUGAAAUGGGGAAAAGGAGACGGGCCAAUGAGUAUUACGACAACCAGUAAUGAGUACAGAACUAGAUUCUUGAAGAUGGUUGAAAGCAUUAUCGAGGUGCCAGAUAGCGCGGGUAGACCAUUAGGAGAGUUGAGAAGCCCACCACAAGAGAGUAUUGAGGAAGUGUAGGAUCUUGCGGGGAAAUUUGUCCCAGUUAAAAGUUUGGGGUUUGUGCUUAGAAUUCAAGGAUUCUGACAGAUGCAUGUGAGAUACCCCUAGUACGAAUCCAAGCUUGAAUUUUUG